AUGAAGCCGAGUGGUAACCCGCCCAGCCUGAACAUCGGAUCCUCUUUCGCCACCUCGUCAACCGCUCGCCCGGCCGCCACCUUCCGUUCGCGGCCGUUCUUUGCAACCCCUUCCAAAUCCCCCUCCUUCUCGCUCCCCUCAUUCCCCUCCUGGUCCCCCUCCUACUCACGGUUACUCUGGCCCUUCACCUCCUCCCCUCGCGCUGCCUUCCAUCCCGCUUCCCUCUCCUCCUUCCCCUCGCGACCCUCUCACUCCUCCCCCUCCUCCCUCCCCUUCCGCCUCCCCUUCCCCCUCCCCUUCCGCCUCCCCUUCCACCUCCCCUUCUCCUGCUCCCCUCGUUCCAUCUCCCUUCCGAAGCUCCUACUCGCUCUCAUCCUCUUCUCCCUCUUCCUCCUUCUCGCGCCCCUCCCAAAAUGGCCCAAGCGCUUCCACUCCCCUUUCUCCGUCAUCCCCCCUCCCCCCGACGGCCUAUCCUUCCUCCCCUCGCGCUGCCCGCCCGCCUGCUCCCGCCACGGCUCCUGCAACGAGGAGGCGGGUAGAUGCGACUGUUUACCCGGGUACACGGGGGUGGACUGCACGGAGUUGGGGUUACCCUCGUGCCGGUACGCGUGGGGAGUGGAGAUGCCGUGCUUCCUGCCCUCUUCCUGUGACUGUGCGCUCGAGUGCGAGCGCUUCUUUCUGCCCCAUGACGAAUACUGCUUCCCCAAUAACGGCACCUUUUGGAAGGAGCGAACGAUCGGGGCCAUCAUAACGCGCAUGCCACUGCGCCUGCAGACGGAUGGCAACGGCACUGAAACUGGGCCGCGAGAACCCUUCAGUACGAAGGAAGGAGGGGGCGGGGCACAGGACAGGAAAGUAGUAUGUGUACGAUGUUCCCCUCCACGCCCCUCCCGCCGCACCCCUUCCCAUGGCUUGUUCCGCUCAACAACUGCCCCAACUAUUGCUCUGGACGUGGGCUCUGCGAUGCCACCGUCUGGGAGUGCAGGUACGAAGGAGGGAGGGGGAAAGGGGGGGAAGAGAGGAGGGGGCGGGAAGAGGGGAGGACGGGAUGGGGUGGGUCACUUUGCAGGCUCGUGUGCCCCUGGUACCAUGACGGCAGUGCAUGUGCCCCUGGUACCACGACGGCAGUGCAUGUGUCCCUGGUACCACGACGGCAGUGCGUGUGAGGACGAGAGCUUCUCAGUGGCGUGUCUCAACUCACUUACACAUGUGGGUGGGUGUCCUUGGUACCACGACGGCAGUGCAUGUGAGGACGAGAGCUUCUCAGUGGCGUGUCUCAACGACUGCUCGCAGCGGGGCGACUGCGAGGGGGGCGUGUGUCAAUGCCAGGCGGGCUUCUUUGGUGCCGACUGCUCGCUCUACUAUAAUGAGGAGCUGCGUCUGAGGCGAAAAGGAAACCUUUUCUCACCAUCGCCAACUCCUCUUUCCCAUCCUCCACCUUCCCCGCCCACCAAUCAGGAGGCUCCCCGGAUGCAGCACUCGCCCUACAUCGACCACCCCGAAGCCCUCUGGUUCUGGGAGCGGCUACUCGCCAGCCGCCACCGCACCAUCGACCCGCGUGAAGCUGAUUACUUCUACGUGCCUCUGCUCAUCCGCAACCGAGACAGUGGCAAGCAGCGGCUCAUCUCAGAGACCAUUUCCUUCAUCCGCUCGCUCGGCCCCUUCUGGGACGCCAAGGGCGGGGCAGACCACAUUUUCCUGGUGAGCGAGGAGUACGGCAAGUGCGCCCUGCAGCUCUACGGGCUCGAGGACCCGCGGCUAGCUUCCGCAAUCACCCUCACUCCAUGGGGGUACACUUGCAACAUGCUCGGGACGCCAGACGGAGGCCCGUGCUUCCGGCCCAGGCAGGACAUAGUGAUUCCGCCCUCGGCGCAUCUGAGGUUCCUGCAGAAUGCGAGUAUGGUGAGGGAGGCUGGAGGGCUGCCUGCGCUGGUGAGGGAGGGAGGUGCGGAUGGGGAGGGAGAGGUGCAGCAGCAGGGGCAGGAGCAGCAGGAGGAGGGGAAUGGUGGGCAGGGGCAGGGUGGGAGGGAACGACAGUACCUUUUGUUCGUACGAGGGCUGAAUGUGAGCGACGGCAGCAGCACCUGGGACGAGGAGGCACACCCGCAGGAGCAGGGGGGGCAGCGGCAGGGAGACAACAAGGAGCAGCAGCAGGUGCAGGCAGGGAGGAAGGAGCAAGGGGAGCCGCCGUUCAGCUUUGGCGUGCGGCAGCGGGUGUUUGAGCUGUACGCGGGGCGGGACGGCGAGACGGGCUUUAAGGUGGAGGUGGUACCGGAGGGCGGCGAGGAGCUGGCGUAUGGUGGCAUGGAGCACAGCGUCUUCUGCCUUGCCACCGCGGGCCACGGCUGGCAUGCGUCGCUCGCCAUGGCCGUGAUUGCGGGUUGCGUGCCCGUGGUCAUUCAGCCGGAUGUGCUGCUUCCCUUCGAAGGAGACGGAGUGGACUGGAGUCAAGUCUCAUACCGACUCAACAUUCGAGACAUUCCCCAGCUGCACGAACGGCUGCAGGCAAUCCCGCCAGAAGACAUUGAACUCAAGCAGAAGCGCCUGCAGCAGCUAUGGCCGCUCUUCAUCUGGUCCGCGCCGCAGUUCAAUCCGGUUGAUUUUCUGCCUGAGGGGGCCCAAAUGAAGGGAGCUCUCCUGAAGCUGCCUGCAGCAGCUCCCAUCUCCGCUCCCCCAUCUCGCACACUCACCGCCGUAGUCGCUCACACCGGCGCAUUUCCCUCGAGGAGACAGACGGCAUCCAGCAAAAGACCAUUGUCAACGCCGAUGCGCGCGUCGGAGCUGACGGCGAUCGACACGUUUACGGCAGAACUGGACGAGCUGGAGGGAAUGAUUGACGGAGAGUACGAGGAGGUUCCGGUGCACACGGUGACGGUGCACGACCGGGAACGAGGAGUCACGUAUACGGUCGACGUGCCUCAGGAUCAAUACAUUCUUCAAACCGCGGAGGAGGAAGGCAUUAAGCUUCCUUUCGCAUGCCGGCAUGGCUGCUGCACAGCCUGCGCUGUCCGGGUGUAUGAGAAGGCGGAGGGGCGUGACCCCGAGAGGGUGGGGCGCAUGGUGGGAAUUCAGCCCAAUGGGCUGGCCGCGCUGCGAUGCAUCGAUCCCACCAUUGCUGAUGCUUUCCCAUCGCAAGGCGCGCAUGUGCCCAGCCUGUGGCAACUCUCCCCAUCGGGCGAGGUGCUGCUGGAGGCCAUGGCGCCGGCUGACGGCCGCCUCUCCAUCCGCUGGGGGCUCGCUCUCGAAGUGCUGCAGAGCUUCCUGCCUGCCUCGUGUGUGCACCAGGGCUGCGAGUUCACCGGGCACGUGGAGCAGGCCAAUGGGCACGUGACGGCCCACUUCACUCGCCACGAGCAGCCUUUCAGUGCAGAGGCGGAUCUGCUGAUUGGCACGGACGGGGUGCGAUCGGCUGUGAGACAGCAUGUGUUGAGGGAGGGCGAGGAGAGGGAGCGGUGGGGCCCGCCGCGGGAUAACGGCCGCACCAUGUGGCUCGGAGCUGCUCCCCGCGAGACUCACUCGCGCCCCUACCGCACGUGCUUCACGAGGGGCGGCGGGAGGACGGCCGCAGUGGGGGACCUCGGUGGGGCGGAGAUUUUUGUCCUGUUUGUGUGUGCGGACGAGCAGGGGAGGGGGCUGACACAGCAGCGUUCAGCGAAUGGGGAGGAAGUGCGGGGGAAGAUCAGGGCGCUUUUUGCCGACUGGCCUGCAUACAAGGAUGUUAUUGAGGCUGUCCCCCCCGGCCUGUAUUUGGAGCGCCGAGUACUGGACGUGCCUCCACUUCCCCGCUGGCGCAACGGCCGUAUCCUCAUCAUCGGAGCGCAUGCGGUGCCGCCCACGCUAGGCCAGGGCAGCAGCCUGGCAAUAGAGGAUGCACUGGAGCUCGCACGACAAGUGGUUGCCGACCAUCCCUCUCUCGAGGUUGCACUUGAUGCCUUUGAGGCGGAGAGGGCACCGCGGGUGGCGUGGGUGGCAGAGGCGAGUGUGGCAGUCGCAGGGCAGGCAUACAAGGGAGAGAGGGACCCCAAUGCCCCAGCGGAAGGGUCUGUUAAUCCCGAUGCUGCUCUCGGCCGUGAUCAAAGCACUCGUGCGAGCAGCAGUGCCAGUGGUGGCAACAGCAGCAGUACUGGCAGUGGUGCGAGUGGGAGCGGCAAUGACGGGAGUCAAGCUACGGAUCCGGUGGGGUUAUCAGUCUGA